AUGAAGUUUGGCGAGCAGCUCCGCUCGAGCAUCAUUCGAGAGUACCAGUGGUACUACAUCGACUACGAUGUUCUCAAGAAAGAGUUGAAGAACGCGACCGGUCCCUUUCUGAACGAUACCGACAAUGGCGAGCGCCGCCGCGACUGGACCGAGGAGGACGAGACACGCUUCGUGAAAAAGCUCGAGGUUGAGCUUGACAAGGUCCACACGAAGCAGCAGGUGAAGGCCAUGGAAAUCUCCAGGCGCAUCGCCGUCAGCGAAAAGGAGGUACGCAGCGUCGUCGCUCGCCUGCUUGAGCGCGGCCCGCAGGAGGCUGGCCCCAGCGAGGAGGAGUUCAUGCUGUUGGAGGAGGCCCUCAGUGAUGUCAUCGCCGACGUCCACGACCUCGCCAAGUUCGUGCAGCUGAACUACACUGGCUUCUACAAGAUCAUUAAGAAGCACGACAAAAUGACUGGCUGGCACCUGAAGCCCGCAUUCGACACCCGUCUCAAGGCCAAGCCGUUCUACAAGGAGAACUAUGACGCUUCCCACUGCCCGUGCUCGUCUCACGCAGCAAGGAGUCGAUACACAAGACUCUGCUAUACCUCCAUCUACUACGACAACCCCGACAAGUGGGACCUGUACGAAGGUCGUUUGAAGAAGACGGAGGGUGCCGAGGCCAUCCGUUUGCGGUGGUACGGCGGAAUGCAAAGCGAAAACAUUUUCGUCGAGCGCAAAACCCAUCGCGAGGAUUGGACCGGCGAGAAGUCAGUCAAGGCUCGUUUCUCUGUCAAGGAGAAGAACGUCAACGCAUACAUGCGAGGCGAGCUCCUCCCCGCGGCUAUCUUCGAGAAGGCGAGGAAGGAGGGCAAGAAGCCCACAAAGCAGAUUGACGAAGACCAAAGACUGGCGGCCGAAGUUCAGUACUCGUGCCUCAAGAAGGGUUACAAGCCUGUGUGUCGGUCAUUCUACAACAGAACUGCCUUCCAGCUUCCUGCCGACGCGCGCGUGCGAAUUUCUCUCGACACCGAGCUUACCAUGGUUCGCGAGGACAAUCUGGAUGGCGAGCAGCGUUCUGGUGACAACUGGAGGCGGAUGGACAUCGGUAUCGACUGGCCGUUCUCUCAGCUGCCGCCCAAGGACAUUGUCCGCUUCCCCUACGCUGUCCUUGAGGUCAAACUCCAGACGCAAAUGGGUCAAGAGCCUCCCGAGUGGGUGCGUCAGCUGAUUUCAAGCCACCUGGUGGAGGCGGUGCCCAAGUUCUCCAAGUUCAUCCACGGUGUGGCAUGCCUGUUUCCCGAAAGGAUCGAUCUGCUGCCCUUCUGGAUGCCUCAGAUGGACGUUGACAUCAGGAAACCUAUAACACAUGACUUUGGCAUUCACCGUGGAGGUCAUUCUGCGAACACGACAACUUCUGACGAAGACGACGAGGAAGACGAAUUUGAUUCAGAUGACGAGGAGCUCCGUGCACCAGCCGCGCGCAAUAAGCAGGUCAGCGCAGGGGGCAAUGGAGAGUCAAGCAGGGCGGGUGCUGACAACGGCGCCGGCGUCGACAUUGAAGACCAGACGGCUGAUGGUGUCGCUGCUGUUGACGCAGACUACAUCUACGACUCGGAUGAGGAGUACGACCCGAAUGAGGCCCUCGAGGAGGCUAGGAGGGUCGGCGGCUGGAUCUACUACUCAACGCUGGCGAAGACGAAGGGCGCAGCCUUUGGCCACGAGGCGCUCGAAGUCCUCAAGUGGGUGAUCCCCCACCCCCGCGGUUCAGUGAUCCCCAGGAGAGAGGUGCAGACUACCCUCUUCGGAAGUGGUGAGAUCCAGACGAAGAAAUUCAAGGCACCCAAGGGAAAAAAGAUCUACGUUCCCGUGCGUGUGGAGCCAAAGGUGUACUUCGCGGCUGAGAGGACGUUCUUGGGUUGGCUUGAGUAUUCCAUUUACGUGGGCACCGUAGCCGUGACGCUGAUGAACUUCGGCACAAGCCCUACAAGCGCGUCGUUCAUCGUGGCUGGCGUCUUCACCCUGCUUGCUAUCCUCUCGCUCUGUUACUCGGUCGCUAUCUACCUGUACCGCAGUAGCGCCAUUCGCAACAGACGCAACAUUAAGUUCUACGAUCGCUGGGGGCCAAGCGUCCUCUGUGGAGCUCUUUUCGUGGCUGUGUGCCUGAACUUUGCAUUCGAGGGUCGGGAGCGUGAGGUUUGGUGA